AUGCUGCAGUGCAAACACGCUCAGGAAUUCAGCUUCGGGCCCCGGGCUCUGAAGGAUGCACUGAUCUCCACCAACCCAGCCCUGCAGGAGCUCUACGCCAAAGCUUUCUCCAGGGCGGAGAAGCUGUUCCUCUCUGAAGCCUACAACCCACAGAGAACUUUCUUCUGCACGCUGCUUAUCCGGACAGCUUUCGACUGGCUCCUCAGCCACCCCGAUGCUCCCGAGGACUUUGAGACAUUCUACCACGCCAUGCUGAGGAGGAAGCAGAACUUCUACCGAAAGCACAUUUACCUGCAACCUAUAGACUUAAUCGAGGGUCCUGCCGGGCUCUCGCUGCUGGAUUCCCUCCAGAGCUGCGUUGAGUCUUUCUUCCUGGGUCUCCGUGUGAAGUGCCUUCCCUCCAUCCCCAUUUCUUCCCUUCUCUGCUCAUGCCUUCCAGGGAUGUUUCAUUUUAAUGAACAUCUCUCUUGUAUUUGUACAGAUGGGAUCCUGAAUUUCCUGAAGAACAACAAGCCCAUGGAUGCUCUGUGUGUCCUCGGACUCACUCUGCUGGACCUUUACCCAUGUGAGACCUGGAGCUUCACGUUCAGCAAAUUCCUGCCAGGACAAGAAGUGGGAGUCUGCAGCUUUGCCAGAUUUUCUGGGGAUUUCCCCCAGGCUGGCUGUAGCAGCCUGAAUCCGCUAACACAGAAGGAACGGUUGUGCGAAGACAGCAAAGAAAGCAGAGACCGGACAUUGCCGUUCAGUGCCCAAGAGAUGGUCCAGUGCUGUAAGGUGACCUGUCACGAGAUCUGCCACCUGAUGGGGCUGGGGACCUGCCGCUGGCUGCAGUGCAUCAUGCAGGGCGCGCUGAGCCUGGACGAAGCCCUGCUGAGGCCCCUGGAGCCGUGUCCCAUCUGCCUUCGGAAGCUGCAGCACGUCGUGGGCUUCAAACUUGUCGAGCGCUACAGGAAACUCUACGCUUGGACGCAGACUGUGUUGUCCACAUGGCCAAGGCAGGAGUCAGCAGACCUGUCCACCUCAGAGGACAUCCUUCCAUUCAGCUCAGACUCUGGAAUGUGCUGUGAGAACGACUCAGAGGCUGUGACCUCCUUGUCUGAGCCACUGACACCGGAUACUUGCAGCCAAGCCCUCUCCAUCGGCCAGGAGCUGGAACAGGAUGAGCAUUCGUGUUCGCUGGCCGAGGCGCACAGCCCACCCCAGCUUGCCAGGCCCACCAAGUCCACAGACAUCGUUAAGGAUUAUGAACUGUGGCUGGAGAUGUGCAUUGCUGCCCUGGAGAGGAACGUCUCUGAGGAGGAACUGGCUCAGGUAGACAAGACCGUGGAUGCCCUGGCUAAGUGGGAAAUGUUUACAGGACAACUCCCUGCUAUGAAGAAGGACCUACCCUUUGCUAGGGACAACACUGGGCUACGGAAAGUUCUCGGAGACAAAUUUUCCUCCUUGCGGAGGAAACUGAGUUCCAGAAAACUGUCCAAAGGGGAAUCGUCCCCUCACCGUUGGCGAUGGGAGGAAAACUAG